AAGGACAAAGGCAAUCAAACAGAUGAGCCUCUACUUGCAAAGCCUGACUGUAUGACUCUGACUGACAGUGUGGAUUGUGUAAAUAGCAUGCGUGUUAACUCACCGCAGUCUUCAGUAGAUGUCGCAGGUGAUAAUGAGGUGGAAAUGGCCUCUGUGGGAGAGAACAAGAACACUCCACCAGAAGGCACGACAUUAGUUCACACCUCUGAGCUCAAAACUGAUAGCCAAACAGACCAUGAGUCUCCUCUUCCCCUGGAGCCGCUGGCUAGUGCUAAACCACAGGAGGUGGAAAAAGCACCGGACUCUCCGUGUCCUGUUUAUGCUAUGUCCUCCUUCUGGCAGGAAAUGGAAAAGCUGACAAUCAACGACAUUUUGCGCCUGAGAUUGGUCGGCAACGCCCAGACCCCCGGCGGGUUGCUCCACCCACAGGACGCUGCCAUGGCUGACCCCUCAGAGGCAGGUGACUCUGGCUACUCCUCUCACCUGGAGGACUCUAAGCCUGACCGCUCGAGCGGGGACAUCUCCACAAUCUCGGAUUUCGAAGAAGAAUGCCUGCCGUCCCACAGCACUAGCGUGAACUCCAGCCCAGAGCCCCAGGACACCAAGAGGCAAGGUCAAAGGUCACUUGGGUCAUCCAGCUCCAGGGGUGUACUGUGGGAAAGCGAGCCGGACCCCAUCAGCCCGGGUGCGAACAAUGGCUUGGAGGAGGCAGCGACGUUGCACGCUGAGGACGCCAAUCCAGCCCUCCUCCGCUCCAGCAGUGCUAAGCAGGGCUUCAGAAGGAUGUGCAAGAACAUCAGUGUGCAGAAUCUGCGAGCUCUCGAAACUGAACCGCAGGUGAACCAAGCUUCGAGGAAUGCUUCCCUGUGCACUGUUGUUAUGGAGGAGGAAGAAAGCAAUGAGUACAGAAGAGCAUCCUAUGAGUCUAAGGAAACCUGCGACUCAGUUCCUCUGGGGAGCAGAGGCAAUGCAGAAGCAUCAGCUACAUCAUCGCUCCCCGAGGAUGUGUUUACAGGAGGCUAUGUGUUCUCUUUCCCUGAAAUCUUUGAGUAUCUCUUUGGCACUGGUGAGACUAAGGCUGGCCACGUAGACGCAGCGUGCCCAGAGGUGCCCGUUUGUGAUGAAGGUUCGGUCCCUGAGAUGUACGACCACUUUUUCUCAGAGUUUGAGACUGGAAACUUCUUCCUUCCAUUGAUCCAGGGAUCCGACGAAAGCCAAAACAAACCGGUUCCCAUUUUUUCCUGCUCGCGGUCUUCCAAACGAAACAUGCAAUUCCCCGAGGCGUACGACUACUUCUUUCCAGAUGACUCACCUGUUGAAUCAUCGGAGGACGAGGAUGACCAUUCUCACGACCGGACGCCAAUCCGAGUUGUGACACGCUACGACAAGGUCGCCAGCACGCCCCCGGGCACCGCUGCGGCUCCGGACAUGUACGAACAAUUCUUUGCAGACAGUGACUGCAGAGAUAACCUCUUCUGGAGUAACCCACUCUCUUUGAGAAGACUCUUCUUCGGAGGCUUGACUGGUUCAAGACAAAUGUCCCCUUCCUUUGCACUGCAACCCAGAGAUUAUCACAGGAACGCCGUCCUCAGCACAGUCUACGCAGACAGCGCCGUGGGUAACCCGGGUCCUGCUCGCCCUCAGCUGCCUCUGUAUUGCCUGGAGGAGAGGAUCUUCAGAGAGCUGGCAGAGCAGCAGAUGCGAUAUGGAGAUCUUCACAAUGCUGUCGCAAUUCCAAGGCCAGACGGCCCCCUCCUGUCACUUAAGCAGUCAGAUAUGUGUUUGAUCUGCAUCGCCUUUGCCUCCUGGGUGCUGAAGACCGCCAACCCACAAGACGCAGACACUUGGAAAGCCGCUCUCCUGGCGAACAUCAGCGCCCUGUCUGCUAUACGGUACCUGCGGCGGUACAUACGGGAGGAGUCGACCACCAAAAAGCCUUGACGUUAGAGGAUCAAUUGCGUCCUUUCAAAAAAACUCUUUAUAGUGAAGUCAUUCUUUCCACAUGAUUCAGCUUCUUUCCAAAUGAAUGUAAAAAAAAAAGAAAAAAAAAACAUACCGGCACAUGUUGGGAAAUUCAGUGCCAUGUAUCCUUACUGGUAUGCUCUUCAUAAUAAAAAGUGAAAAUGUGCUGUGUGCACCAUACCGAAACACUUUUCUGAGAAUUUGUGGCAUUUCAGUUUUUUCCUGUUGUACUUGGCAAGGCGGUAUCCCUGACACAAAUAUACAUCAUGUGGAUGCCAUUAGACUAGAGCGCAUUUUCAUUUUAAGACUGAACUAAUGUUGCUUGAUCAU